UCUUAACUCAUCUCAUAUCUUCUUUUCUUACUCUAUUCUCUUAUUCGUUAAGUCUCGACUUAACAUUUGGUGCUUUCGUUGAGAGAAAUGGCGGCUACACCAGAUCCGCGACAAAACACAACAGAACUCGAGUCACGAGUGGUGGCAGACACACCGCAACCAGAAACGGUGGAACAACGAGAAGCUCGUCGCGACAGAGAGAUGGCGGCGCUGUGGGAAGUCGUUCACAACAUCAACGUUUGUGUUCGCUCGUUGUCACUUGGAGAGAACCGUAGUGCCACUCUGCCGGGAUUCUCAACUCCGCUUGGGGUUAAUCAGCACACUACAGCAACCGCGUCGGGGAGUGUUGAGCAGAGUCGUCCGGAAAGAUCCUUACCAGUGGCGAACCCUAGAUCUACAGAGGGGUUGCUACCGAUUCCUGCAGCGGUACAGAGGAUCGAAUAUCCAAUGAAUCGAGUGACGGUAACCACCGAAGGGUUACUUCCGAUGCCAACAACGGAACACCGUGUGGAUUUUGCGCCAAACCGCGGUGAGAUACCACGAAGGAGAGUGGAUCUUCCGUUGUUUGAAGGUCAAAACCCAGAUGACUGGAUUUUUAGGAUGGAAAGGGGAUUCUUUUUGAAUAACACACCAGAGUAUGAAAAGCUAGACGAAGCAGUAGCUUGCUUGACGGGAUCUGGAUUCUCUUGGUGGCGAAACUCUCAGGGAAGACUGAGGAUUACCAACUGGAAGGAUUUUCAGGAUAGGUUUAAGGAGAGAUUUAAACCUAGCCAUGGUUGUUCUACUCUGGACCACUUGCUCAGCAUCAGACAGCAGGGAACGGUGGAUGAGAACUGUGAUCGUUUCGAAGAGUUAUCAGUAGAGCUACCACAUGUGACUGAUGAUGUGCUGGAAGCUGCUUUCCUGAGAGGGUUGAAGAAGAGUUUGCGAGACCCUGUCAUCCGAAGCAGACCAGUGGACAUGAACGCAAUCGUUGACAUGGCCAGACUGGUAGAGUUCCAAGAAAGUGAAAACUCCGGCUACCAAGGUCGCUCAUUUACAAGGCCUUCUGGUAACACUUCCUACACAAACCAGAGUCCAGGGACAAGGAGACCUAUCGAGGGAGUUAAGACGGUGAGCAAGUCUCCCACAAGUAGCGGGUUCAUUCCAUGUCGACAUUGUGGGGAUCGUUGGUUCAGUGGUCAUCGAUGCAAACAACAACAAAAGCUUAAAUGCAUUGAAGUAGAUGAUGGUGAAGAGUAUAAUGCAGUCGAAGAGAACCCUCAGAACCAAGGAGGCACCUCUUGCGAGCAGGAGGAUUAACCGGAGAUCAUGUCGUUAGGAUCCUUGGACGCAGAACAAUCUAUGCGACUGUGGGGAACUGGGAUUAACGGUUUCAGAACAUAAGGGGUUUGGUGUGAGAGUAGCUGGUGGACAAAUCCUCAGAGGUAAUGGCAAAUGUUCAAGGGGAAAAUUCCCAAAAAAAACACCAACUAUUUAAUAUUUGCCAGAAAAAAACAUUAACUUUUUUCGUUGUUAGAAAAAUACGCAAACUAUUUUUUAGUUGAUAAAAAAUACACGAACUAUUAUUUUUUUCCAGUUUCUCCUCGUCUCCGUUACGACCAUUAAAGGUAUUGUAACGACGUUACUAUUUUUGAAAAAAAUUCCAGAAAAAAACAUAAACUAUUUAUUUGUUGCCAGAAAAAUACAUUAACUUUUUUUUCUUUGCCUGAAAAAUACAUAAUUUUUUUUUCUUAUUAACAAUGUUAGAGAUCAUAUCUCAUAACUUUCUCUGCUCUCUUGAACUUCAUACUAGUUUUCACUACUAUUUAUGAUAACUAAAUUCAAGAACAAAAAUAUACAAUUAGAUUAAUUGAUUUCUAAAUUUCUCAAUAGUAUUGUUUUUGCAUAAAUAAAUGGUGAAUCUGGUUAGGUUACAAGAGUUGAUAUCCCACAAAAUGGCUAUAAUCUACGAUCUCGAUCAAGUUUGCAUACACCAGCCCAUUUGAUGAUUUACACUGGCUAUCAGCAUCAUAAAAGGUACUAAACUAAAGAGAUGCAUAUUUUUUGAAAUGUAUACAAAGGUCUACAAAGGUGGAGAUCUCAUAAAAUUUUAGAGAAAUGUUGAUGAAGUUUCAAAAUUUGUAAAGUCAGUAUAAAUCCAAAAACAAUACUAAUUGAGAAAUUUGGAAAUCGAUUAAUCUAAUUGUGUAUUUUUGUUCUUAUUUUAGUUAUCCUAAAUAGUAGUGAAAACUUGAAUGAGGUUCAAGAGAGCAGAGAAAAUUAUAAGUUAUGAUCUCUAACAUUGUCAAUGGAAAAAUAAGAAAUGAAAAAUUAUGUAUUUUUUAGGCAAAAAAAAAGUUCAUGUAUUUUUCUGGCAACAAAUAAAUAGUUUGUGUUUUUUUCUGGAUUUUUUUUUCAAAAAUAGUAACGCCGUAACGGAAACGAGGAGAAACUGAAAAAAAAUAAUAGUUCGUGUAUUUUUUAUCAACUAAAAAAUAGUCUGCGUAUUUUUCUGGCAACGAAAAAAGUUCAUGUUUUUUUCUGGUAAAUAUUAAAUAGUUGGUGUUUUUUUUGGGAAUUUUCCCAAUGUUCAAGUGUGGUGCUUGACAUUCAGGGGGUGGAGAUUACAGAUGAUUUUUUUGAUUUUUGAUCUGGGGGACACGGAUGUGAUACUGGGGUUUCCCUGGUUAGCCUCACUGGGUGACACUCGCACUAACUGGGCACUUUUGAAGCUUAGCUGGCAGAUUGGGCCAAUGUGGGUGACUAUUGUUGGAGAUCCAGCUUUGAGCAAGGUGCAGGUGUCCUUAAACUCGAUGGAGCGGUUGGUCCGAAGGAAGGGAGUGGCGUAUCUCUUGGAACUAACCUCACUCUUUGACGAUGGGAAACAACCUCUUAAGGGAAUGGCAAGACCGGAGAUAUGCUCACUGUUGGAAGAAUACCACUCAGUGUUUGAGAUGCCAAAGAGCUUACCACCCAAGCGUGACAGAGAACAUGCGAUAACUUUGAAGGAAGGUGCUGGUCCGGUCAACAUGAGGCCGUAUAGAUACUCGUUUGUUCAGAAGAAUGAGAUCAAGAAACUGGUGCAGGAGAUGCUCGAUGCUCAAAUUAUACGACCAAGUGUGAGCCCCUACUCUUGUCCUGUGUUAUUGGUGAAGAAAAAGGAUGGAGGGUGGAGGUUUUGCGUGGAUUACCGAGCACUCAACACAGUGACAGUCCCUGACAGAUACCCGAUCCCAGUUAUUGAGGAGUUGUUAGAUGAAUUGAAUGGAGUAAUUGUCUUUUCAAAACUGGAAUUGAAAUCAGGUUAUCACCAAAUCAGGGUGAAGAGUAGUGAUGUUGCUAUGACAGUUUUCAAGACUCAUCAAGGGCAUUAUGAGUUCCUAGUAAUGCCUUUUGGACUCACUAAUGCACCCUCAACCCUUUAGAAUGUGAUGAAUGACUUGUUUCGACCCUAUCUUCGAAGGUUUGUGUUAGUGUUUUUUGAUGACAUACUGGUCUACAGCCCCAACUUGGAGAUGCAUCUGAAACACUUGGAGUCAGUUCUUAAGCUUCUGCAACAACACCAAUUCUAUGCCAACAGAAAGAAGUGCUCUUUUGGUCAGACCAUGGUCUCAUACUUGGGACAUGUGAUCUCAGGGGAUGGAGUGGCAGCGGACCCUGACAAAAUAGCAGCAAUGGUGAACUGGCCUGAGCCAAAGACGAUUACAGAGUUGAGAGGUUUCCUGGGAUUAACCAGGUAUUACAGGAGGUUUGUCAAAAAUUAUGGGUUGAUUGCGAGACCACUGACAGAUAUAUUAAAGAAAAAUGAGUUUGUUUGGUCUCCAUAAGCCAUGACACCUUUUCAAGCUCUUAAAGAAGCAGUGACUACUCUUCCUGUGUUGGUACUACCUGAUUUUACCAAGGAAUUCACCAUAGAGACAGACGCAUCGGGUGUGGGAAUCGGAGCUGUCUUGUCAAAAGAAAGACGAUCUGUAGCCUUUAUCAAUCAAGCUUUUUCAUCGCAAGGUCGUAUCAAAUCAGUUUAUAAGAGGGAGUUGCUUGCGAUAGUUAAGGCGGUCACCAAGUGGAAAUACUACUUGACUGGUAGAGAGUUUGUAAUCAAAACGGACCAGAGGAGCUUAAGGCACUUACUGGACCAAAAGGCAGUAUCAACAGUGCAGCAGAGGUGGGCUGCCAAGCUCAUUGGUCUGAAUUAUCGCAUAGAGUAUAAGCCAGGGGUCGAAAAUCGAGUGGCUGAUGCGUUGUCAAGGAGACCUCCAGAUGAGACCCUGCUACAACUCACACUAGUAGCACCCUUGAACCUUGACGCGAAGGAGUUGGCGGCGCAAGUAAAGCAAAAUGCAGAGUUGGGUGAGAUUGUCCAAGGACUAGAAAAAGGAGAAACCGUGAAGGAAGGGUAUAGUUUGGUGAAGGGAAUGCUGUAUAAGGAAGAACGCCUUGUCAUACCUCCUGAAUCUUCAUUCAUACCGAGUCUGCUAGAGCAAUUUCACGCAAGUGUGGUCUGUGGACAUGAAGGAGCUCUUAAGACGUACAAACGAUUGAGCCAAGAAGUGUAUUGGCGAGGGAUGCAAAAGAGAGUGGUGGACUACAUUACUAAAUGCCAGGUAUGUUAGGAAAAUAAAUACUCGACUCUAUCACCUGCUAGUCUGUUAGCCCCAUUACCGAUUCCAAAGCAGGUCUGGUCUGAUAUCAGUUUAGAUUUUGUCGAAGGAUUACCUAAAUCCAAAGGAUUCAAUGCCAUUUUAGUAGUGGUGGAUAUGUUGACUAAAUAUGGGCAUUUCAUUGAACUUAACAUCCAUUCACAGCUAAGUCAGUUGUAGAAGUGUUUGUGAAAGAAGUGAUACACUUGCAUGGGUUCCCAUAAACGAUAGUGUCAGACAGAGAUAGGGUCUUCCUUAGUAACUUUUGGUCUGAGCUUUUCAAGCUACAUGGUUCAGCUUUCCACAAGAGCGCCGCCUAUCAUCCUCAAAGCGACGGCCAGACUGAAGUUGUGAAUCAUUGUUUGGAGACGUUCUUGCGUUGUUUCGCUAGUAGGAGACCCACUUCUUGGGCACAGUGGCUGCCAUGGGCAGAGUAUUGGUACAAUACCUCUUAUCACUCAGUAACUAAGAGUACACCAUUCCAUGCCCUAUAUGGUAGAGAACCACCAAAGUUGCUGCGUUAUGGAGACGUUCCCACCAUGAAUGCUCAAGUUGAAGACCUGUUAAAAGAUAGAGAUAGCCUUUUGGUGGAGCUUCGCGAGAAUCUGGAAUUAGCUCAGCAAACAAUGCAGAAGCAAGCGAAUAAGCAUCACCGUGAUUUAGAGUUCAAGGCUGGUGACUGGGUGUAUCUCAAGUUAAGACCCUAUCGCCAACAAUCAUUGGUGCAGAGGAAGAAUGAGAAGUUGGCUCGGCGCUAUUGUGGACCCUAUCAAGUGGACGAAAAGAUUGGAAAAGUAGCGUAUAAACUAAAGCUACCCGCUUACUGUCAGAUUCAUCCCACUUUCCAUGUGUCGCAGCUGAAAGGGGCCAUUCCGGAUUCGCAUCAGGCUCAGGUUUUACCUCCCAUCCUUACUCCAUCAUUAGAAUGGGCAACCGAACCAGAGGCGAUCACGGAUAUCCGCAGGAGCUCGUCAGAAAAGAAUGAAACUGAGGUUUUGGUGAAGUGGCAAGGAUUACCAGCUUCAGAGUCGACUUGGGAAACUCUCUCUACCUUGGUGAAUCAAUUUCCAGACUUUAACCUUGAGAACAAGGUUAGUUCACUUCGGGAGAGUAUUGAUAGGUUGAUGAUUCCGUUAGCGUGUAUGAAGAAGAAGAUUCGAACAAGUGGAAGAAAGGCUCGUCAGUGGGAGAAGAAAGAAGCUUACAAAAGUGGCUAAGAGAGUAUUGAAGACUUGGAGAGAAGGAGAAGGUUUACUUAUUAUCUAUGCACUGUCGUUUUAUACUUUACAAAGUGUAUUUAAAUGAACAGUGGAACCUUAGGGUUUCCUUAUCUUAUGAAUGAAAUUAUUAAUCUCUUAA